AUGAAAGAUUCAAACUCAAACUCAAACUCAAACUCAACCACAACCACCAUUAGAACCGAACCCAUAGCCCAAAACGUAAUCAAACUCAUAAGCAACCUCUGUUUCUCGAUAUUCGUCUUCUCAGUUCUCAUCUUCACCGUCAUCGCAAUCACAUACCAACCACCUGAUCCAUGGCUUCAAUCUUCCCCAGCUCUCACCAACCUCUUCACCCAAACUCAAAACUCCACUUUCCAAAUCGACACCUCCGUCAUCAAAACCGGCGAAGACAUCCCUCUCUCCCCACAGGACUCCCCUCUCCCUCUUCCCUCCUCCGCCGUCGCCGCUAACGCAACCCCCGCCGUCACCGAAGCUUUAAUCCAAAAAUCCGAGGAGAAAAUCACCAACUCCUCAACUGCCUGUGAAGACCUCCCCGAAACGCUUAACUGCUCCGAUCCUCGUGUUCUCAUCACUAUCCAGAGAUUCAACCUCCGCGCUUUCAAGUCCAUUUCGUUCUUCGAGUAUCGAACUCCCGUAAACGGAAGCGUUCCCGGCGAGUGCGAUGUAUCCUGGCGCUUCCGAAACAAGAGAGAAAAGUCAUGGCGCAAGUAUCGCGAUUUUCGUCGGUUCAAGAUUACUGUCACCGAUGACUGUCACUAUAAGGUUAUUCAUGCUGGCAGAUUUCAUUCUGGCACUAACGCCCGGAGAAAUCCAGCGCUCCGGUCAAGAACAGGAGACGGUAAGGGGAAAACCGUGCCGCUCAUUUCGACGCGAGAUGAUGAGAUCAAUGACACGAUUCCGACGUUGGGAUCCGAGAGUAAUUUCAGGAAUGGUUCAAUGUAUAACCCUAGUAAUAAAGAUGAGGAAGGGAAGGAUUUUAGGUAUUACUUUGAUUUCGAGCAUUUGAAGGAGGUGGCUUCUAUUGUGGAAGAAGGUGAGUUUUUGAGAGAUUGGAAGAGAUGGGAUAAGACUCAUCUUAAGAAAAGGAAGGUUCCUGUUAGGAAAGUUGUUACUCAUAAGGUUACUCCUAUGCAGCUUCAGAAAGAUAAGACCACUGUCAUUUGGAGGCAAUUCGAUUCGCCUGAGCCUGAGAAUUAUUGGUAUAGGGUUUGUGAGGGUCAAGCGGCUAAGUAUAUUCAGAGACCUUGGCAUGCGUUGUGGAAAUCCAAGAGGUUGAUGAACAUUGUUACUGAGAUUAGUGGAAGGAUGGACUGGGAUUUCGAUGCAGUUCAUGUGGUUCGCGGGGAGAAAGCUCAGAAUAAGGAGCUAUGGCCUCAUUUGGAUUCCGAUACUUCGCCGGAUACUCUUCUUGAGAAGCUCAAAGGGAUGGUUCAGCCUUGGAGGAAUUUGUAUGUUGCUACUAAUGAGCCAUAUUAUAAUUACUUUGAUAAGUUGAGGUCGAGUUUCAAAGUCCAUUUGCUUGAUGAUUAUAAGGAACUGUGGGGAAAUUCGAGUGAAUGGUACAAUGAAACCAGUCUUCUCAACAAUGGGAAGCCUGUUGAGUUUGAUGGGUACAUGAGAGUUGCGGUGGAUACGGAAGUCUUUUACCGUGGAAAGACUCGGGUUGAAACGUUCUAUAAUUUAACUAAUGAUUGCAAAGAUGGAGUUAAUACAUGCUGA